UCAACAUGUCCCAAAGACCUGAGCCCCUCCGCCUCGGCAGCGUUGCCCCCAACUUCGAUGCCGACACCACCAACGGUCCCAUCAACUUCCACGAGUUCAUCGGAGACAAGUGGGUGAUUCUGUUCUCUCACCCCGAGGACUACACCCCCGUCUGCACCACCGAGCUCGGUGCCUUCGCUAAGCUCGAGCCCGAGUUCACCAAGCGUGGUGUCAAGCUUAUUGGUCUUUCGGCCAACACUGUCGACAGCCACGGUGGCUGGAUCAAGGACAUUGACGAGAUCUCUGGCACUAGCCUCAAGUUCCCCAUCAUUGGCGACAAGGAGCGCCAGGUCGCCCUCGCAUACGACAUGCUUGACCACCAGGACGCCACCAACGUCGACUCCAAGGGCAUUGCUUUCACCAUCCGUUCCGUCUUCAUCAUCGACCCCAAGAAGACCAUCCGCACCAUUCUCUCAUACCCUGCUUCCACUGGUCGCAACACUGCUGAGGUCCUCCGCAUUGUCGACUCUCUCCAGACUGGUGACAAGCACAGAAUCACCACCCCUAUCAACUGGGUUCCUGGUGACGACGUUAUUGUCCACCCCUCGAUCAAGACCGAGGAGGCCCAGAAGAUCUUCCCCAAGGUCAACAUUGUCAAGCCCUACCUCAGAUUCACCACUCUUCCCAAGGAGGAGACCAGCGCCAACUCGGGGCUAGGAUUGAGGAGAACUGCUUCGAAUAUUCUGUUCAGGCAUAAGGAAAAUCACCUCCAACCCGAAGCACCUCGCAAGUCGAAUCCAUACGCUCUUCCACAUUGUACUGGAAGUCUGCUUCUACCGGAACCGACCCACCUGACAUAUCGCGAACGUACGCCCAGUCCGCAAAGAUCGAGACACAUCCCGAUCAUCGUAAACACCUCCAGCGAACCGCGAACACCUGAGUCGCUAGAGCCCAGUAUCUGCUUUUCUAGCUCAACCUGCACCUUUGAAUGCUAUCGAGACCAUCGUCCUCAGUUCAGUUUUGUUGGACCGAUCACACUGGUUGAUAUCGCGGGAUCAUCAUUUAUACCAUCCAAGGAUCUCAGUAAUCGCAUCAAUUUCAUCCCCUUUGACACCAAAACAACCCCCGAUUGUGCCGAAGAGCAACGACAUGUCGACUUGACCCGGUCUUCCUCACCAGUUCCCAGUCUCUCCACAAGCUCUUUCCACACGGCAGAAGAUCCUGAUUGCGAAGACGUGCGCGCGUCUGUAGCAACAAUGGCACAGCCACCUCCAAAUCGCACGAACACGCUCGAUCACUUGAUCGCCUCCCCCUCGCCAUCUCACCUAACCUCGAGAAAGGGCUCAAACGCUCAACUCUCGGUCGCAAGCAACCACUCUGGCAUGUCGAGACGAGACGACCAUGAAUCAUCCUCAGAGAUGGACGUGAUGAGCCAUGCUUCAGAUCAUCACAUUCGCUCAGCUGCUGGCUCGCCCAUUCCACCUCAGACUCCAAGUGCUACCUCGGCCAACGCAAACUUAUCUGGCUUGGUAUGCAACGUACAUCGCACUACUGGAAGAGAGCCUCAUCCCCUUGUUGGCGCUACAACCACAAUACUCGGCGACAAGAUGUACGUUUUAGGAGGUCGCAAGAUUUCAAAAUCUCGCCCUACUUUGACCUCGGAUCUCUACGAGCUUGAUCUUAUUCGUAGACAUUGGUCUAAGAUAGAGACCAAGGGCGACGUCCCACCUCCGAGAUACUUCCACAGUGUGUGUGCGCUUGGAGACAACAAGCUCGUAUGCUAUGGAGGUAUGUCGCCCGAAGGUGGCCCUACGGCUCAAAACGAGUCUCCGGAUGCCCAGGUCAGCGUCAUGUCCGACGUACACGUCUACGAUAUACCCUCACAUACGUGGACAAGGAUUAAUACGGGAGAGACACCUCAAGGCCGUUAUGCCCACUGCGCAGCCAUCCUCCCCUCAGGUGCAGUCUUUACUUCCUCUAACGCACCCCUAUCCGCUAUACACCACAACCCAUCAGGAGCCCAACCAAAUUCAGGCUCGAUUGGUGUGGAACUCGACGGAAGAGGUGGCGCUGAGAUGAUUGUUGUUGGUGGCCAGGACAGCGGCAACCAUUACAUCGAGCAAAUCAGUGUGUUCAACCUACGCAGCUUGAAGUGGACCUCGACCAAGCCUAUUGGCGUGACACCUCCUGGACUCCNNCGCUUCCCUACGGGUGGCGUCAUUGGUAAUAACUUUGUGGUUGCUGGUACAUUCUUGACGUCUUCCAAGCAGGAGUUUUCGCUAUGGGCCCUUGAUCUUCGGUCGUUGACUUGGGCUCGCAUCGACAGUGGAAGCAGUAUAUUCAGCCAAGGAAGUUGGAACAGAGGUGUUCUCUGGGAGCGCAGAAACUCCUUCAUUAUUCUUGGAAAUCGCAAGCGAAAUCUUGUCGACGAUUACAACAACCGCCGUCUAAACUUCAAUAAUAUGUGUGUCGUUCAGCUCGAGGCCUUUGGAUUAUACGACAAUCCCAGAAAAGUCUGGCCCACCUCUGACUACGUAUCAGCCAGCGCCCCACAAUACCAUCCAGGCUCCGAAGGCUCAGCAGGCGGAAGAAAACUAUACAGUGGUGCCGAGGAGUUGGGCGAGAUGAUGAUUCAGUCGCGUGAACUUUGUGACAUGGACUUCCUUGCUAUCGAUGGCACACGUAUCCCUGUCAAUUCUCGUUUCAUCGGCCGCAGAUGGGGUCCUUUCUUCAACCAGCUUAUACGCGAAAGUGCCGGUCCCAGCGAGAGCGGCGAGACUGCGACUCUCAGACCAGGCACAUCAUUGACGUCUCGCAACUCUAGCAUCACUAUCACGCCUACACUUACUUCCAAUGGAUCAACCCUCACGGCGAACAGUGUGACUGGCACUGCGCAGACACUGGAACCUGCUGAUGUCAGGAAUCUACCACCCAACUCACGCCCAAGGACUUUGUAUCUUCCCCAUACGGUUCCAGCACUGCAAGCAUUGAUCCACUAUCUUUACACUGGCUCACUGCCUCAACAACCAUCACAUCUUGCGACGCCUCAGAUAUUCUGCUCUCUGCUUCAACUUGCUCGUCCCUACGAGAUUGACGGUCUGGCUGAAGAAGUCACUGAGCGAUUGCACGAAACACUGGAUGGCCGUAAUGCUGCAGCCAUCUUCAACGCUGCAGCCAUGGCAGCUGGUGGUGGCGAAGGUGUCGUGUUCAAAGACAUCAACACCAGUGUACACCCACCUCGUGUGCAGAGCCUCGCGGGCAUUGAAUCCUUAUCAAUCAACGGCACUGGCGGCCGUAACCCGUUGCGUGUGGAUACUGAGAUGGCCAAUGGACGCACUACACGCACGACUCUCCGUGGAGAAAGCCUGGCCGAAGAGGACGAAGACAUUCCAGACUCGGCCUCCACGGCCGGUUCAGCAUACAGCAUCACGAGUAGUCGCCAAGGUGGCCGUGACGAUGAGGAUAUCUGGGAUGGUGGUCAAAGUCAUGUCAUCGGGCUGCAGAAACGCGGAUUGCGCGGCCUUAUGGAAGGUCGCCGCAUCCGUGAGCGAGGUCGUAGUGAUGGUACGGGUGCAGCUAGCAGUGUUGCUGGCAGCAGUAUCACGGGCGGAAGUGUGGCUAGUGGAAGCAUAAGUGGUCCUUCGGAUACUCAUGGCCUUGGCUUGGGAAUCUCG